AUGUCGGUAACGAGCGCGGUCGCGAACGCCGCUGCCGCCGCCGCUGCGGCCGGCGCAGGCAAGAAGGCCGCUCAGGUACAGUUACAGGCGGAGCUGAACAAUGAUGAUGAAUGGAACAAGUUUCUACUACGAGACGGACUUCUUGUGAUCGAUGUCUACACGGAGUGGUGCGGACCGUGUAUAGGGAUGGUGGGGAAUCUGAAGAAGAUCAAAGUUGAGAUCGGAGGAGAUAACUUACAUCUGGCCGUGGCGAAAGCGGACACCAUUGGAUGUCUAUCUAGGUUCAGGAAUCGCAGUGAACCAACUUGGAUGUUUAUUUCAGGUGGUCAAUUAAUCAAUGUGGUGUUCGGAGCGGACGCUCCUCGCCUCGCUCGCACCAUCGUGGAAGAACUCAAGAAUGAAGAGCUGGUGAAGAAAGGAGAGAGACAGAGACCGACACGAGCUCCACACGAACUGACUCCACCCGAACAGGAGGUCGCUUUGGCCCAAGAAAAGCUUCUCCAGCAACGCAAAGAAAAGGAGGCGGCGGCCGCAGCGGCGGAACGACUUGAAAGAAGAGAGGCGCGAGCAGUCGCCCUAGAAGUACACUUUAACGACGUGUGUCCCGCGCUUAUGAUGCCUCACUCACAGAAAAAUAUACGGAAAGUGUCAGACGCGCUGGAGCCUUACGGAGUAAUUGUCGCUGACAAAUGUCCAUUAGUUCUGGGAAAAGAUGGAGCGAAAGCUCUUGGCGUGGAAGAUCCUGAAUUUGCUAAACCAGAGACCGCGAUGGCCUUACUGGAACGACCGGCACUUGUUCUGCUGCUGAAGAAACUACCUGAUAAGGAAGGCAGUGUCAUCGAACUGGUCCGUCGCGCGAUCUAUAAUGAAGGUAUAGAAUCAGAUGAGAACGAGGCGAAGAAAUCUCUGGCAGAGGAACUGAGGGCUAACGAUAUCCCCGGCGUGUUCGUACCCACCGACCGUCAUCAGAGAGCAGCCGCUCUAGACUUGUUCUUCCCGAAGAUGGUGUCGGCGGUGGCGGCUCCCUUGUCAUCCCCGGAGCCCCCGCACGUGGCUGUGAUACUGGGAGCGUGGCAGAGACGAGCCGUGCUCAACAUACUGAACAAUAAGUUACCUUCUAGAUUACUGAGAUACGGCUUCUUUAAAGAUGCUGACGUCGAGCGACCGACGCUACUGUGCAAAACCAUUGACCAGUAUGAAGAACGACCCGACAAAGACUUUUCGGAGACUAUCGUGCUGAUGGUAUCUGUGUGUGUGUCGGAGGCCGGCGCGGACGGGGUCCCGCACGAGCUGCUCGCCUUGGGACCGCUGUGGGUCAGCGAGGACGCGGUGCUGGGGAAGGAAGAGUGUGCGAGGUUCUUCCCCCCGGGGUACAGCCAGCCCGAGACGAAACCAGGACCCAAACCCAAGAAGAAGAAGAAGAAGCGUCACGACACUAAAGAAGAAACCGCUGACAACGUGGACGCACCCAUCGAGACACACGCCGAUACUGAGGCGGGAGAGGGAUCCGUGGAGGGAGACGCUGAGCCGGAGGGGGAAGGGGAGGAGGAGGGAGAAGAGAGGGACGAGGAGCAGGGGGACGGGGACGGGGAGGAGGGGCAGGAGGAGGAGCUACUGCUGGACAAGGGAACCUCGCCGCCACCAGUCAACGAUUAA